UGUGUGUAUGUAUACCCAGUAAGCUUAAUAAUCAUGCUUAUAUGUAUCUUUCAUUAACAGGUACACUAGAUAUCUAUUUAAAUGUGAAGGAUCUGGAAGUCCCCCCUGGCUAUUUAUUCUUCGAUGCCAUAACAUUCGAAUGUGAAUUUGAUAGUUCGGGCUACAAAACGUUGCUACCAGAAUUCACCUUACUGUGCAUUAAUAAAAAAUGGUUACGUUACCCAACUCAUACACUGCCGGAAAGCUUCAAAGACAAUGUCGUACAUGGUACUUUCAAUGAAAUUGUGGCUGAGGGUCCGAUAUAUGGAAGAUGCCAUACGAACCUAUUCUAGAGGUGACGUCACCAUACGAGUACCCGACGUGGGAAUCUAACGUAGAAAUAAAUUGUACAGUUCAUGGUUUGGAAAAUGCCGUCAUUGAAUGGACAAAAGACAAAAUCCGUUUACCAACAAUGAACAGUGAAAUAUAUGCACAAUACAAGCCAAGACCAAUACAAUCUACUCUUCGAUUAUACAACGUAACGGGAAGAAAUAACGGUGUUUACACAUGCACAGUGAAUACGAGCAUUGCAUUACAAAAGACUGUGACAAUGAAAGUUAUACGCAUUCCUAAUCCAUUCAUUGAGGUACCAUCGAACCAAACCGUCAAGUGUGGAGGGUCUGUAACGCUGACCUGCAGAGUGAAACCAGAGGUCGGAACGAUAGCUUGGGUGAAAGGCCGAGAAAUACCUAGUAUUUAUUCGACACUGAAUAAUUCUGACAACAUACAAAUCGUUGAAAACACAACGAUAGGUGUUAGCCAACUGAUUAUCACCAAUGUGACUCUUCAAGAUGAAUCCAUCUACAGAUGUUAUGUUGGUUACAGUAUUGUGGAUGAUACCAUUGAUUAUUCUGAGUCACAAAUUGUUGUUUAUGUCGACCCAAUAGAGCCCUUUCCAAGACUGUUAGGAAAUGUAAACCGAGGUGUAUAUGAAGUCGAAGACGGUGGUCUUAUCGAUUUAAAAUGUGAAACUAACCUCAGUAAACCUAUCGUUGAAUUAGAAUGGGUUUUAGAUGCAUCAUUCGUGAAACCAUUUAAAUCGCACACGGCGUUUGGCGGUUCAUUAUUCAACGUAACGACUUAUUUUUCAAAAACUGCAUCAAAAGAUGAUAAUAAUAAAGAGGUCAUGUGUGUUGCGACGAGCCCAGGCUUCGGCAAGAGAAAUAUUUCCAUCAUACUAAAUAUAACAUACACUCCUAUUGUAAAUGUCAACCCAGAAUCUAUAAAAAUUGAUGCCAAAGAUGAUGUACUGAUGACAUGUAACGCCUCGGCCAAUCCAACACCAAUAUCUUACAUGUGGAGCGUAAAAUUUACAGACGGUCGUAUUCUGUAUUUUAACACUGAAAACCUCGAGUUAAACGAUGUUACCACUGAUUUCGACAAAGCUGUAGUCAUAUGCUGGGCAAACAAUUCGUUAGGAUCAUCAUUUGCAACUGUCGGUAGUUUUGUGGUGGUAGGUCCAGGUCCUAGGUUGGACAUUAUAAUACCGACGAUGGUAUCUGGUGUUAUCUUGCUUUUGGCUAUUCUAUUUCUACUAACCUACAAGCAUAGAUAUGUAGUACAGACAUUUCUGGCUUCUCGUUACAUACGAAUCUUCCAACCAGACCAAGGCAAAGAAUACGAUUGCUACAUUUCGUAUAAAAGCGACGGAAAAGACGAAGACUUCGUUGUGAGGUCUUUAACCCCCUGGUUGGAACAAAAGGGAUGUACAGUGUGUGUUGACUACAAGUGCUUUCUGCUUGGAGAUGCCAUGAAGAACAACAUUACUAAUUUUAUAAGCAAAAGCAGGACAAUAGUCAUCGUGCUCUCACCGAGUUUCUUCAAGUGCAAUUGGUGCAAUUAUGAGCUGAAGACAGCAUAUUUCAAUUUUCACGAAGGACGCUCGAAUAUAUUGCCGAUUGUUUACGAAGACAUACCAGAUGAUGCUAAGACAAAUUUCGCAAUUAAAACACUUUUCAAAAGUAUAACGUACCUUACUUGGCCAGGCGAUGAGGUCGAAGAAAGAGCUAAGAGACGUUUCUGGAGAGAUGUUGACAACUCUUUAGGCUUACAGAAGAAUUAUAAUAACAGAGUGGCAAAUGAAAAUGAAGAGGGUAGUAAUCUGUUAAUAUAAAUAGACUUAUGAAUAAUUAGAUACUGUAUAUAAUAUAUUUAUGUUUAUUAGAUUAAUGUCAUAAAUAUCAGGGUAAAUAUUAUGAAAAGUAUGCUUAGGAUUAGCGGGGGGAAACUACUGGUGCGCUUAUUCAAGAAUUAUAUAAAUAAUCUAAGGUUUAUGUAAACCUCGAUUCUUUCACACGGAAAUGUCUAGGAGAGACAGUUACCAUGUACAGGUAUGUGUUAAUAUGACUAAUAAAAAUGAAUUAAACUGAAUACUGAGUAGCCUUAAUCCCAUAAAAUCGCUAAUAAUGAUGAUGAUGAUGAUAAUAAUUUUAUUGAUAAAUUUUAUUGAUGUGUGUAUAUAUUUAGUUUGUGUAUAGUAUUUUGUAUUUAUUUCUAUAAAUGGUUGUUUAUAUUUUAGUAAUUAAGUUAUUAUAAGAUAACCGAUAAUAAUUAUUCUUUUUAAUCUGUAAUUUGUUUCAUACAUAGGCCUCUUUUAAUGUCUAUUCUGUUAAGAGUCAUGUCAAUGUAAAUAAACUUUU